GAAGCAGAAGAAAAUUAAGCCAACAAAAUAAAUCGAAACUGCAGGGGAGAAGCCGCCCCGCCAUCUUCAAACACCAGAGAUGAGUUCAGUACAAUUCGCCAAAAACUGUAAGUUCUGAUGAUAAGCAGCGUAUAGGAUUCGUUCAUGCUCAUUGAGAAUCAAGUUCUGUAUACAAAUUGCAAUGUAUAUAACGAGAAUCCCCAAAAACACUCAUCGCGUUAUGCUUCUCUUCAAAUCAACCAACCAAAGUUUCAUGGCGUCAACAGUCUGUAUAAGCAUAAGCUAUUGCCUUCAUUUGAUACAAAGGAAGCCCAUUUGCAGCAAUGCUAGAACAACCACAGUUGAAGCGUCCCUCAUCUCCAUCUUUACAAGAAAACCCUUUUGUUUGGAGUCCCCUGAACUUCAAGAACUAAGCUCCAAGCUGACUCCGGAAAUAGUCGAAACCGUCUUGAAAUCUUUCAGAAAUUGGAGAUUAGCUCAGCUAUUCUUCAGCUGGGCGUCGAAACAAGAAGGGUACUCGCACAGUUGUUAUACGUAUAAUGCUUUGGCUGCUGUCCUCUGCAAUGCUCGACAAAUUGCCCCAUUGAGAGAACUCGCUGAGAGUAUAUUGAUUUCCCAGUGUCUUUGGACGCCUGGGGCUUUUGGAUAUUUUCUAAGGUGUCUAGGUAGUCAAGGUCUAAUUAAAGAAGCAAAUUAUUUGUUUGAUCAAGUGAAAAUAUCUGGACUUUGCAUUUUAAAUUGCUAUAGCUAUAACUGUUUGUUGGAGGUUAUCUCGAACAGUGGUGAUGUUGGUUUGUUGGAGUACAGGUUAAAUGAGAUGAGAGAUUUCGGUUGUCCUAUGGAUAAGCAUUCUCUGACACCAGCAUUGCAGUGCUAUUGCAGUGCCAGAAUGUUUGAUAAGGCUUUGAUGGUUUUUAAUGAACUGAAUGAGAAGGGUUGGGUUGAUCAGCAUGUCUUGGCUAUUCUACUUGUGUCUUAUAGCAAGUGUGGAGAAGUGGAUACAGCCUUUGAAUUGAUUGAGUGGGCAGAGAGGAAUCUCAAGAUUAGCUUGAAUGAGAAGACAUUAUGUGUUUUGAUUCAUGGGUUUGUGAGGGAGAAUAGAGUGGAUAAAGCUCUAGAGCUAUAUUAUAAAAUGAAAAUACUUGGCAUUUUGCCAGAUAUUUCUGUUUAUGAUGUGCUAAUUAAAGGUUUAUGUAAGAAUAGGGAGAUGGGAAAAGCCCUAAUGCUGUACAUGCACAUGAAGGAAUCAGGAAUUUCUCCUGAUGUUCAAAUAAUUUGCCAGCUUUUAUCAUGCAUCUCAGAAGAGAGAGACAUGGUUCAAUUGCUUGAAGAUAGUUGGAUUAAUUUGGAUAUGGCGAAUAGGUUGCUGCUAUAUAAUUCUGUUCUGACAGGUCUUGUUAAUGGUGGUAAUGUUGAUAAAGCUUAUCAUCUGCUGAAGGCAACUACGGUAUCCGGUUUGAAUGUAAGUAGUCAAGCAGAUAAAAGGGUCUUGAUUAAGGAAAAGCCUGAUACAACUUGUUUUCAAACUGUGAUUGAUGGUUUGUGCAAAGCUGAUAAAUUAGAUAUGGCCCUGGAUCUGUUCCACGAUAUGCAUAGAAAUGGUUGCCAACGUACCGUUUUACUUUUUAAUAAUUUAAUCUAUUGCUUGAGCAAUGCUGAUAGGUUGAAUGAGUGCUUUGAUCUCCUGAACGAGAUGAAGGAGACAGAGCUCCAGCCGACACAUUUCACCUUCAAUUGCAUACUUGGGUGCUUAUGCAGGCGAGAGGAUGUUGUAGGAGCUCUUAGUUUGUUGAGGGAGAUGCGUAUUUGUGGGCAUGAGCCUUGGAUAAAAAAUUAUACGCUGCUUGUUAAGAAACUAUGUGAACACGGGAAGGCAGUUGAGGCCCGUAUUUUCCUUGCUGACAUGACUAAAGAAGGAUUCCUCCCUGAUAUGAUCGCGUACUCUGCAACAACCGAUGGUUUCCUCAAUAUCAAUGAAUUGGAUCAAGCUCUGAAGCUAUUCAGAGAAAUUUGUGAACGAGGUUAUUGUCCUGAUGUAGUUGCCUAUAACACUAUCAUUAAGGGGCUCUGUAAAGCCAAAAGGAUAACAGAAGCUGAAGACAUUCUGAAUGAGAUCUUUGGUAAGGGACUCGUUCCAUCAGUAGUUACCUACAACUUGCUGAUUGAUGGUUGGUGCAAAAAUGGUGACACUGAUCAGGCUGUCCUAUGGUUUUCAAGGAUGAUAGACGAAGAACUGGAACCAAAUGUCAUUACAUACACAACUUUAAUAGAUGGAUUAUGCAAUGCUGGAAAAUCAGAUGAAGCUCUUAACCUUUGGACUGAAAUGGAGGAUAAGGGAUGUGACACUAAUAGAAUUGCUUAUAUGGCUCUUAUUCAUGGGCUUUGCAAGUGCCGGAAGCCGGAUGUUGCUCUGGUCUAUUUCCAGAAGAUGGAAGAGAAGGACAUGUUACCUGAUAGUUACAUUUACAGAGCUUUAAUAGAUGCUUUUGCAGCUAAUUCAAACAUGGUCAUGGCUCAUGAAGUAUUAGAAAAGAUGAUCAAGCGUGGCACUGGUUCUUGAAUAGGCUAUGCAGGUGCUGGUUGUUAUGUUUUGUUAAGGUGACAUGGUGUUCUUAUGGUAGCAACUUAUGAUACUUUGCAAGAAAAUUGGGACUGCAGUGGAAUAACAAUGUGGUUAGGGAAUUAGAAGAGUUGCACUUAUUAAUAAGAAGCUAAAGUUAUAGUGACUUAUUCAAUUCACACGAUGCACUUAUCUCUUUCAUUUCAUUUUGGUUCUUCCUUUGUUUCUGAAACAUCUGAUAGAGAACUUAUAAUCACCCCCAACCCCACCGCAAGGUAAGAAAAGGAAAAGUCAUUUAACCAGCUCUCGCUCCCUCCAGGAAACUCCAAGAUUCAGGCAAAUGCAAGAGAAUUUAUAAGCUCUGCGCAUAGGAAAACUGGAGCAAGCUAUUAAAUGACCAUGCAACCCAAAAGCUUAAGCCGCGCUAGAGAGCUGAGACAUUUAAUAUUUAGUAUCUCCAUCCAGAAGCCAGGUAAUUACUUGUCUGAAGUUUUAACUUAUCCUCUGACCUACUAAAGGUUGAGUUAGAAAGAGGCUUCGAGGUUUAUAAGGAGUGUUUUCAGAAAAGAAUUGUCUGGAGUCACUGGAAACCUAAAGUUUUAUCCUCAUCCUCUUGAAGCAAAGUUUUUCCAAUCUUUGCUAAACUGGUGGGUUCAGCUCCAACACUUGCUUCUAAGUGGUAGACCUAAUAGGAUGCUGAUUCAAAUUCACAAGCUCCACAUUAUUGAUGAUGGUAGACUAAAGCUAUUAGGGGUUUAUAAACUGGUCCUAGAGCCUGCCCACAGUAGCAGUCUGCGAAGCAGUAGCAGGAUUAUAUCGAAGAAGAUGCACCAAAUUGCCUACACAGAUUGUGCAUCAUGCUCUCCUACAACACCAACUCACUUUAAGUCACUGUAAGAGUUAAAUGUCUUGGUGUUAUUUUCUGAAGAGUUUCUGAGGGACUUGCCUAUCAUUGUCCUUUCUGUGAGUACAAUGUUCACGUAUCAGUAUCAUGUGGGUAUGUUGGAUAAACUUAUAGAGAAACUGCUGAGAGAAUUGCACCUGGAUCACAUUCACGCAUUAUCCUCGCAAGAAAGCCCCCUAAAUUCUUUAAUUCUGAUGCCUGUGGCACACGGGACUGGGAGGCAUCAUAUUUAUGCAAAAGUUGCAAAAUCUGGAGGCAUUGCUGCUGCGCCUCAUUACAACCAGCGAUUCCAGAUAAAAACCACCUGCUUCCUCACUCUCUCUCUCCUUACUUUUGUCACAUACAUGAUUCUCCUGUAUUCAGACACAAUUUUUGAAUCUGUCAUGGAAAGGCAUAUCUAGCAUAUUAGCCAUACAACUGUGGCCGUUGUGGGAUUCUUUGCUGAUGUCAAGUGUGUAAAUGCUGUCAAUUAAUUUCUUCUUAGCUACUGUGAUUUAAUUUAAAACAAGAUUUAUAUCCUCAUGAUGUCGGUUUCAGAAAUGCAGAACACGAUGAUGUCGUAGAAGAUGAUUUUCUGAGCUGUUUCCUUGUAAAUGCUGCUCUGCAAGGACUCAUUACAGCUUCCUUGUAAAAAAGGACCACCCUCGUCAUCCUAAAAGAGAUCAACGGCAUGCCAACUAAAAUAGUAAUGGUAACCGAGCACAUGAUCUCCACCAUUAUCACCAUCAGCAUCCCUUAGAGUUUAUUUCAUCCAACAAUGAAGAUGAUGAUGAUGAGCAGCAAAGGCAAUGAUAAAAUGGCAAACAUGGUUGGUAAAAAACCUAUACCUUCUCCUCCAUGCAUGUAUUCCAGCUGUGCCAAGUGGAAAUUCUUGUCUGCUUCAUUUGUUACCAUCAAAGCUGGGGGCUUCAUCAUCUUGAAGGUCACAAAGCCAUAAGUUAUUAGCACUCAACAUUAGUCUAAAAUAACUAGGUUGGCGAUCAUCAUUCCAAGUGCAAAGACUGGAACUCUUCAGAUAUAUAAUUUUGUACUAGUCCAAUAAUAACAUGUACAUUUUGUCAGGCCAUUUGGAUCAUGAAUCAAUUACCAAAUUUUUGUGGGACUA